GGUGUCCUCAGGCCGGCACUCUCGCACCACAGGGUGUACUGGUGGUACGGAUGGCUACUGCAAAGCGUGUGCGCGAAAUAGCUAUGAACGCGGACAGCUGGAGCACCGUCGAGCGCCUCAUCCUCUCUCAGGCGAUUUACGAGUUUGGUACCGACAACAUGCCCCAGGUGGCUACCCUGCUGGAAAGUCACGCCAUGAUAUCUAGACCACACAACUUCUUCACCGUUGAAACGUGUUCUACCGUGUACGAGAAACUCAUGGAGGAGUCGAACAUCCCUCGACCGGACACGGCUUAUGCGCGCGCUCCUGAGCUGAAGCAGCUGGCAACCAUAUAUUAUCAAAAACGCACGGGUGAGCUGAAGAACGCGAUUGAAGAGGACGAAAACAAGUUCAAGCGGAUCGUAAAGGAGAUAGACGAAAUUCGCGCGGGCCAGUGGGACGACCGUAUACGACAGAGCUUGGGAAUAGCUCCCGACUCUGUAAACGCCCUGGAAUCCCCUCGUGAAGAGAAGACUGCUGAAGAGAAUAUCUGCACGGAUGAUGUAUCACCUACAACUGCUGCAGUAGAUGCUCCAGAAGCUCAUACCCCCUCUACCAGUAGAUCGAGGCUACCAAGCCCCCAACGGGAGAGCCGGAGUGUCACAGCGGAGCCUGAGCAGCCUGGACAGCCUGAGCAACAUGGGCAGCAGGAAGAGCCUGAGGAAGCUCCUCCAGAAGUCAGUAUGGAACGACCGGCGUCAGAAGAGGUGCCAGAUAUGGAGGCGGAAGCUGACGCCGUUGUUGAGAAGGCUGAAGAUAUGGAUGUUCAACCCACGGACGAGGAGAUACAGCCUCAAGAGCCGGAAGAGCCAGAAGCCGUCGAAGCCGUCGAGACACCAGAGGCAUUCGGAGAAGAGCGUUCGCCUGUGCGAGAAGAAUCUCCCGUAGCAGCGCACGUUGACUUUCAGGUGCAAGAGGAUGUGGACACAGCGGAAUCCCCAGAGGCGGAGAUCUCGCUUCGAGAAGCGGUAGGCAAACGGAAAGCUUCUGAGGUACCCUCUGAGGCUGCGCGCGACCGCAAGCGUCAACGCGAAGACUCUGAGGCUGUCGAGGAAGAGGAGCCAGGGCCCUCCACCAUCAAAGGUCGUCGCAAGAACCAAGGCGCGGCUGACAAAAAAUUCCAAAACGUUAUUAACAUGCUUCACAGCAGCAUCUCUCAGCACCGGUACGGUAACAUAUUUCACAAUCCCAUCAAGAAACAGGACGCUGCAGAUUACCAUGAUAUCGUUAAACGACCUACAGACCUGAAAACGAUCAAGGCCCGCGUGAAAGACGGCACAAUCUCUAACGCACUCGAGUUCCAACGGGAUAUAUAUUUGAUGUUCGCCAACGCGAUGAUCUACAAUCGUCCUGGCUCGGAAAUCCAUGCAAUGGCUGAGGAGAUGAUGCUCGAGAGCGAGGCUCAAAUUCAACAAUUCCGCCGCACGCAAGUACAGAUUGAGCAGCUCCGCAACACAGAUGCAUACCCUCGUAUGUAGGCCAAUUACUAGGCUUCGCAUUUGUUAUCGUUAGCGGGAGUAGAAAUAACUCACCUGUAAGAAUGGUCACAGAAAAUAUGACUUGC